AUGCGAACAGUGCACGCGCACCCCCACAAGCUGUUUUCUCGAUGCCAUCGCUAUCUUCAGGCUUACCGCCAUCGCUACCACCACCACCAGGACCCCCACCUCCGCAGUCAACUGCAUACGCUCGUGAAACAGUUCCACCACCUCCGAGGCCACCGCAUCCGCCGCCACCUUCUGGGCCACCACCUACACAACGUUGUUUGCCCAAAACUCUUCGAGAUCCACCACCACCUGGCCCACCUCCAUCACUUGGGCUACCUCCUCCCCCUGGUCCACCUCCACCAUCUGGCCCACCACCACUUUCUGCGCCGCCUUCGCGGCGUUACUGAUGUGCUGUUCCUUGCGUUGUUUUUCUUACAUGUCGUAUUUUUUUCUCUGUGUGUGUGCGUGUAA